GAAUUCCAUUUUACUACCAGUGGAAAGCACCCGAGCAUAAUUCACUCUCGCCUUUUUAAUAUCCGUAAACCCUAGCGAUUUCCUUGGAUUCAUCGUUCGAUCAGUUCAUCGGAUCUUUGAUUCUAAGCGGUACGCUCGAGGGGAUUAGUUAUCGUAUAGCUUGAGCUGGAUUUGGGUUUAGGCAAGGGUUUCUUCUUGGUGCUCUGUGUCGAAGUUGAGGGUUUGGUUCUCAUGAGAAUUGUUAGGGGGAUGCAGAAAUCGGCCUGUGGGGAGGAGAUCGUACAGGGUUGGAAGGAAUUGUUCUGCAAAGGAAUUGGGAUCACCGCGCCCAAAGCUAGAACACGUGAUAAACCUGUGGGCUUUGUUUGGGACCUCUGAUUUGCGUGAACCGGGUACGAAAGUGGAGAAAUAAAUAAAGGACGGUGUGGUGGUGUUGCUGUAGAGCAGGAUGACUCGUAUCGUGGUGCAACGGGGCUCAGGGAGCUCUUCUACAAACCAAAAUCGCCCGUCUUCGAGUUCAGUUCCACCACCUUCUGCGUCACAGUCUGCGUCAAGUGAUAAGGAGGAACAGGAGAAGGAGCAGAAUCAGGACACUCGUGGUCUGGAUGACCAUAUACAGCAUUGCGUUGGUAUUGAUGAGAAAGUCGCUAGUGGUAAUGAGAUUCCAACUGAAACUUCGCAGGGAAGUAGAGUCGAUGUUACGAACAUUGAAGAAGUUGAGAACAGAAAACCUUGUAUUGAGGAAACUGUUGAGUCUGCUGUUCAAGUAAGGGGCUCAGGGGGGCUUCAUUUAACUGAAAAGGUUGAAAGUGAUGAUUCUGUUAUUGUGGGUGUUGGGCCCUCUCAAUUGCUUAUUGGUGGGUCUAAUCCCCCUCCUCCUCCUGUCCCACCUCCAAAGCCAUCAUCACCAAUUAGUGGCUUAAGAAGAUCAGGGCUUAAGUUCUCUAAUGCUGUGACUAUUGGUUCUAGAAGACAAGCCGCACGUCCUGUGGUUUCUACAUGGUCAUCACCUUCAGGCUCUCUGCCUUCUUCUCCUAGAUCAUACGCAGAUGGUGAAGGGUACAAUAGUGCAGAUGAACAGGGUCCUUGUUUUACCUCCCAAUAUAAUGAUGUGGAAAGAGAGCGACUUUUUGAAAUUGAAAUCAGGCGGGUGAAGGGUUUUGAUGUUAAGAAGAUGGUGGAAGAUGGUAAUUGUUUAUUUCGAGCAGUUGCUGACCAAGUUUAUGGUGAUCCUGAAGCUUAUGAUUUAGCCCGGCAGAUGUGCAUUGAUUACAUGGAAAGGGAAAGGGAUCAUUUCUCACAGUUCAUAACUGAGGGCUUUACAUCAUAUUGCAAGAGGAAAAGGCGGGAUAAGGUAUAUGGAAAUAACUUGGAAAUCCAGGCCUUUUCGGAGAUGUACAAUCGUCCUAUCCACAUUUAUUGCUACAGUACAGAACCUAUCAACAUCUUCCAUGGAAGCUAUGGCACAGACACACCGCCAAUCAGGUUAAGUUACCACCAUGGAAAUCAUUACAAUUCGCUUGUUGAUCCCCGCAGAUUGACUAUUGGGGCUGGACUUGGAUUUAGCUGCCUUCGGGAGGCGAAUGUUGAUAAGGACCGGGUGAAGGCUGCUAUCAAGGCCCAACAAGACCAGCAGAUUGACAAUGCACUUCUAGCUGAGGGACGUUUUUACUCGGACGUGGAGCUAACAGAGAAAGAAAUAGAGCGCAUGGUCAUGGAGGCCUCCCGAGCUGAAUAUCUCGGCCAAGACAAGUCCAGACAACUUCCUUCCUCACGAGAAACUUCCACAUCUAGAGCCGAACCAUCUUCCUCUACUACAAGAAAUGCGCAUCCGGGCAACAAAAGAGAGAAGGCGCCAGUUGAGUCCGGGCCAAGCAGCACGGUCGAAAUAGUUCUAUCAAUGGGUUUCAGCUACAUGCAGGUGAUUGAAGGGUACAGCAUAUUUGGGGACGACGUUGAUUCCUUGCUCUGCUACUUGUUAGAAAUGGGAGGUGCAGUCUCUUCCCCACCUGGCGGAAGCAAUCGCCUGAAAGGCAAAGCAGCUGAGUAACCAACCAUAUAUAUAUUGCUUACGACCAAAUAUAAUUCUUGUUCCCUUUUUUUUCUUUUCCAUGGGAGAGGGCGAAGGUAGCUGUACUUCUGCCGUCAACUCUCUUUGUUAUACUUUGAAGGAGCUAAAAUAAUGGAGCCUUUUG